CUGGACUAGAAUCCUUGGAAGCGGUUGAUUUCUCAGUUUGUUUUUCCACUGCGGUGAGUUCACUGCCUGCUUGCCAACCUCUUAGUUUACCCAUUUUUGGAAGCAAUUAAUUGCAUACUUAUGUGUUUAAUAUUACGACUACUACACAGUGCUGCCCAAUUUUAUUAUUAAACAUAGCAUAUAAUCAGUGUAGACUGCAGAAAUCAGUUUCUUUAAUUUUUUCUGAUCUAUUAUAUUAUAGGUAAAAUGAGCUUUACGGGUUCUCCGUCAACCAUGACCAAUACACUAAAUAACGUAAAUGACAGCAUAACACCAGCUGUUGUGGAACCACAACGCCGGGCGUAUUUGAGACUACCGAAACUUAAAUUUGACUUCAGCCGAUAUAAGUCAAUGUAUUACAGACGUCUCAAGAAAUGCAGACUGGAGUGGAAGAAGCAUUUAGAAGGUAAGCUUGUUAUUUCAAAUUAAUGUACACAGAUUUAUAUUCCAAAUGUCGUGAAAGUGAACCGCAGCCAGAAAUUACGCCAGAAAACAUGGUUACUCCCCAGCAACAUCUCCUUCCAGUUGAUGUUCCUUUGGAUACCAUUGCAUCUCCACCGUUAUUGGAGGAACACUUAACGACUGAACAACUGCCUGCAACUGAGAAAGCUCACCGCAGCGAGAGCACUGCAGCUGACGCUAUUCGCAACAUUGUCUACCGAUGCAAGCUAAAUAUGGCAAAUACUCGUAUUGUGCUGGAAGAAUUGAAGUCCCUGCAUCCUGAGUUGCCGACUGACCCACGGACAUUGAUGAGGACUGAAGACUUUUUUCAACGGAGAGCAGUUGGUCCUGGGAUGUAUGUUCACAUUGGCCUUCGUCGUCAGAUUUUGUCUCGCUUACAAAAUCUGAAAUCUGAAGUCUCAGAGCCAAUUGGUCUGCAGCUGAACAUUGAUGGUGCUCAAAUUUUCAACAAUUCCAAAUUGCAGAUGUGGCCAAUACAAGGGAAGUUACUUCUGUCUGGCUGCGACAAGGUAUUCUUGGUAGGUGUCUACUGUGGUUCAUGUAAACCUUCAAGUAUACACACUUUUUUGAGGGACACUGUAGUAGAAUUAGAAUGCAUUUGUGCUAAUGGUAUCACAUUACCCAACAGCCAUUGCAUUGACAUCGUACUUAAAGGUGUCAUCUGUGACACACCAGCGAGAGCACUAGUUAAGCAAAUAAGCGGUCACAAUUCAACACAAGGAUGCGAUAAAUGUGAGGCUGUAUGCCGUCGUGCAAACAAUCGCAUGGUUUAUCCCACUACAUGUGCCGC